CUAAAUAAGUAUGAGCGCAAUAUAACGUCAUAUGAACGAUAUUUUAUGCAUUCGUACAUUUACAAAAAUUAUCUGUAGUUUGAUGACGACAUUACAUGAAUAAAAGUUUAUGCAAAAAUAUUAACUAAUGUGAUUAUACAGAAAAUUGCAUAAACAUGUUGUAAUAUUUAUGAAGGAAAAAGAAGUGAUUUUCAUUACUACAUCUUUACACCAAAUUUAUGUUACACAAAUUGUAAAUUUGUUGUAAACUUUUGGUAAAUAAAACGGUUAAGAUAUGAUUCAUUUUAAAUACAAAAAGAAUAAAAUAUAAUACACACGCGUCUCAUCUUUUCAAUAUGGCUGCCGAUUACUUUUUCGCUUGAGUGCCAGUUUGUGUGCCGGGGAAAAAUACUAUAAAUUAAAGCAUAAAAUCAGUGUGUAUUCAACAAUUAUACCUACAAAACAAUGGAUCUGCUUCUCAUCAUAAUACCCAUUCUUUUUGUAAUUCUUUUCGUCAUCUUUAUGAUUAGGUUUGGUUCAAAAAGAAAAAUGAAUAAAUAUUUAGUUGAAGCUAGACGUACCGAAUAUUUGCAUAAACUUAAACAAAAUUGUUUAUCGAAUAAUAAUUGUGUAGAACCGCCAGUCAAAUCUCAUAAUCAAGAUGGUGUCAAUGCGAUUAACUUCAAGAAUAACUGUGGAAAUGCUAUUAAUAGUGAUAUUGAUGAAAGUGAUAACGAUAGUGACAAUGUUGAAAGUUUUAAUGACGAUAACGAAAAUGAUAAAACUAAUACGAAUCGUAGUGAUGAUUUCGAGGAUAAUUUUUAUGAAGAUUCUAGUGAUAGCUCUAGUUCUGAAAAUAAUUAUUGUACAAUUGAUGAAUUUCGCGAUGAACUCGUUUCAACUUUUCUCCAAGUAAAUAUUAAUCAUAUUCAAGGUGAUCAAAUCCUCACAACCCUUCGUAAACAUCAUUGUUUCCAAACGUUGCCUCGUUCAACUAGAUCCUUAUUACAUACCCCUCGUAAACAUCAUACUACUAUACCCAUGGACCCUGAUGGUGAAUAUUAUCAUAUUGGUUUUAAAAAACAAAUAAUUGAGAAAUUACAAUUACUUUCUGCAACAGAAAUCCCAAAUUAUUUACAGAUAGACUUACACACAGAUGGAAUGUCUAUUCACAAAAGUACAGGCAUCCAACUGUGGCCUAUCCAAUUUCGUAUAGUCUCUAUUUAUAAUGAUAGUCCCGAAAUUAUUGGUAUAUACAAAGGAAAAAAAAAACCUUCAGAUCCUGUACAAUUUUUUCAAUACUUCAUUCAAGAAUUUCAAGAAAUUGAGAACACUAAUGGAAUUGAAUUUAAAGGAAAACUUAUUCCUAUUUUUUUAAGAGCAUUUAUUGCUGAUGCCCCAGCGAGGGCGUUCAUACUGAAUCAUAAAGGCCAUAACGCAGCUCGACCAUGUUCAAAGUGCAUAGUUGAGGGAAAAAAGAUAGAAAAAACUAUGUGUUUUACUGAACUUAAUUCUUGUUUACGUUCUGAUCUAGACUAUAUGAAUGCGGUUGAUAAAAAACAUCACAGUCAAAAGAAUCAAUCUGCUUUGAAAUCAAUAAAUUUUCCCAUGGUAACAUAUGUUCCUUUCGAAUAUAUGCAUCUUAUUUGUCUAGGAGUAGUUAAAAAAUUUUUAACAGCAAUAAUAACAAAUCAAUAUGAUUUUAAAAAAUUGACAAAAUCUGACAUAAGUAAAAUAAAUUCUAAUAUUUUGUUAUUACAAUCAUAUUGCCCUACUGAAUUUGCUCGUCGUCCACGUUCUAUUGAUGAAUACGCAAAAUUUAAGGCAACAGAAUAUCGUCAACUAUUACUAUAUACUGGACCUGUAAUUUUUUUUAACAUUUUGAAAGGCGAUUCCUAUUUACACUUCCUUUUACUACAUUCUGCUUGCAGAGUUUUACUAAUGUCAGGUCCUAGCGAAAUUAAUCUUGAAUAUGCAGAAAUCGCUUUAAAAGUCUAUGUAGAGUGUUGUGAAAGUAUUUAUGGACAAACAUUUAUGAGUUAUAAUAUCCACGGGCUGCUGCACGUUGUUCAGGACGUUAAAUUGCUUGGUCCAAUGGAUUCAUACUCAGCAUUUCCCUAUGAAGACAAUAUGUCUUUUUUUGGAAAAUUUUUUCGAAAGCCAAACCAACUACUUCAGCAAUUACAUCGACGAUUGACAGAAAGGAAACAUUGCCAUAAAAGCAAACAUGAACAAUUUGAAAUUCAGCCCUUGUACCAGCAUCACCAUGGACCACUAACCGAAAAUAUAAGCGGCGAUUUCAUACAAUUCAAAGGAUUGAAAUUUGAACAUUUUCGGAUUAUGGCAGGAAGCAAACGUGAUAGCUGCUUACUAUUGAAAAACGGGAUCAUUUGUGAAGUUCAAAAUAUUAUUAAGGUAUCAUCCAAUCAAUACGUUUUAAUAGUGAAAGAAUUCCAUAAUAUCACACAUUUUUAUGAAAUUCCUUACACCAUUACUUCCUCUCAUGUUGGGGUAUACAAAUGUUGUAAUUUAUUAGAAGCAAUGACAACGAUAAAUUUAAAUGAAAUUUAUGCUAAAUGCUACAGAAUUCCUUUUCACAACAAUGAAGGGAUUAAUGACGGAACUUUCAUAGUUGCAGCCUUUCUCUCAUAUUAGAAUGUUAUUAAAUAUUACAUAUGAUGUUUAAUGCACAGAUUAUUAUUAUAAGAAAUACUUAA